GUAGGACGCAGCCCACCAAUCAACGUAAGGUACUGUCUGUUCUGAGCACCAACACCUCCUAUCUUGUUAAUUUUGCGGACAAGUGGGACAACGAAGCGAGCUGCAGGGAAUGUAUUGGCGGUACUCACAGCAGUAAAGCGUCGUUUUUCGUGGACUGAAAAGCACCAGAACCAGCCCGGAGCGACAGUGAAACCGUCUGGACAGCUAACAUCACCGAGCAAAGGGGACGACCGCUGAGCUUUGUUCCGUGUUGGUUCUAGUGUUGUUAUUCGGACAACGAGGGGGGAACAUGUCGGGAAAGCCGAUUCUCAUCAAGCUGGAAAUGGCCACGGGGACACCCAGUUCUUUCCCGGUGGUUUUGAAGAAAGUAAUGGAAAUGCCUCCGCCGAACAUACUGGAAGGCGACGACGACACUGACAAGGAAAAGCUGUGUCUGGGAGAUAAUGUUGACAUGGGCAUGGGAGGUGGCGAUAUGGGGCCCUCAGCUGCCCUGACCCCCGCUAUCUGGGACAAAACCAUUCCCUAUGAUGGCGAAAACUUUCACCUGGAGUACAUGGACCUGGAGGAAUUCCUCAUGGAGAACGGCAUCCCCACCUUGCCUGACGAGGACUCCCAGAAUGGUAGCAUCGCAAAGAAGAAGAAGUCAGUAAACGCGUCCCCAGUGGCCCUGCUGCCCAUUCAGGAAUUGGACAAGAGUGGGGAGGAAGUUGUGAUCAUCACCAAGAGUGACUCUGAUAUCAUUUGUGAUGUUACUGCAGAGGUGACCACUGAGGACGACGAGACACCCGAGACCAUCAGCCCCGAUGAGAUCGAGGUUGAUGUGAACUACGAGCCAGACCCCACCGACCUGGUCCUCUCCAGCGUCCCUGGAGGUGAACUGUUCAACCCCCGCAAGCACAAGUUUUCUGAGGAGGAGCUCAAGCCACAGCCGAUGAUCAAAAAGGCCAAGAAGAUUUUUGUGCCUGAAGAACAGAAGGAUGAAAAGUACUGGCAGAGAAGGAAGAAGAACAACGUGGCGGCCAAGCGCUCACGUGACGCCCGCAGGUUAAAGGAGAACCAAAUCACCGUCCGAGCAGCCUUCCUGGAGCGUGAGAAUGCAGCACUGCGGUCAGAGGUGGCCGACCUGCGGAAGGAGAGUGGGCGCUUCAAGAAUCUCGUUGGUCGCUACGAAGCCAAGUUUGGACAUCUUGAGGUGCCAGAAGACCAGUAAACAUUUUGAUUUAUUCAUUUAUUUUCUGAUGAAUAAAUGAAUCAUGCUGAUGGUAUUCGAAAAACUCUUUAUCAGUCAAUCAGACGAAGAAGAGGAGAAGAGCAUAUGUGGGGGGGGGUGUGUGACGGAUGUUGCAAAGACCCUAUAUAUAUAUAUAUAUAUAUAUAUAUAUAUAUAUAUAUAUAUAUAUAUAUAUAUAUAUAUAUAUAUAUAUAUAUAUAUAUAUAUAUAUAUAUAUAUAUAUAUAUAUAUAUAUAUAUAUAUAUUCUUUUUGCUUUUUAUGACUUUAAUUACCAUCCAUGUGAGUGAGAUUAAAGGGUAAGAGGAUAUUCAAGUGCUUCUUCAACGCACCUCUUUUAUGAGGUGCACUUGUAUCAUGUUUUGUACACCGUUGGUCGAAUGAGAUCACUUGAUGUUUAUUUUUUUGGAAAAAGUGGGGGGUUAUUUUCAUUUUUUUUUUCUUUUUUAAAUGAGAUAGGUUAUACUUGGGUAGCAUAUGCAAUAGUUCAGACUAUAUUAUUAGUCUUUGAUGAUGUUGUAGAAAUAGAUUUGCAGGUUGCUUUCAGACAUUUUAUUGAAUUCUGAGACCUAUAUGUCCAUCUGUAUUUUCAAAUUUAUAUAUUAACGUUGCAGAUUGUGUGAAGAGCUGGGCUUUUCUUCGCCCACAAAACCUUUUGACUGUGACAUUUCCAAUAAUUUAAGCUUCUUCAGGGGAUUGCAGUGACCUGGCAAAAAAAAUGUGUAGCCAUGUUCACUUCUCGUUUAUGUACAAAUACUCAUUUAACCAGCAGCACCGCGCUGCAAAGAAACUCUGCUUUCCAGUGUAAGUGCUGUAUCGUACCAUGACCUGGAUGACUGAGAACUGUCAUCUGCUUUCCAUGUUUCAGUGUAUCUCACUGUCGCUCUUGUGCUGCUUUUGUCACCAAGAAGGACACGUUCUUUACCCUCAGCGGGUGGUCGAUGUUGACUUGUCCAUUUACGUCAGUAACGCUCACAAGUGUCGUGUGAGGCCACAGAUGCAUGUACUGUAAAUAGUUGUAGCCCACCAUUCAAACUCGGACACAGUUUAAGUCAAGUUUUUGAACAACUGUUUUAGGACGUACUGGUGGAUGAAAUUAUCAAAUGGUUAUCUUCCACUUUUUCUCAUCAUUUGUGUCUGAGUCUGUCCUAAGGAUUGUAAUCUGACUGUCUGGAGCCAGCUUUCUAUACAUAUUUUUUUUUUUUUUUUUGACAAACCAGGAAGCCUCAAUAGCUGCAGACUGUAUCGGGGCUGCCCUCCUCAUCAAUUAAGAACUCCCAGAACUCUUGAAGCCAUUUCAAUGCAUUGUGCAGUCUGCCAGUUUACAGAGGGGGGGCAUAUUGUGUAAUGUAACAGAAACCCAGGAUUAUUUUACUGUCCAAUUUUGACAAAAAGCAGAAACUGUUAUUUUGAUGCUGUGCUUCCAUCCAUAGACAUGACUUUUUACUAAAAUAAACUCAAAAUCAUUGUUGUUUUUUGAGGGAAAGGGUUAUCAUGUGUGAGGAAUGUUGUUCAAAUACUUUUAAGUUAAAACUAUUAUAGGUUCUUCUUGUACUGCUUUACUCCCAGCAUCAUUGACUUCAGUCAGAAUGAGACGCAUUUUCCAUCACAAGGUCUCUGUAUUGUAGGUUUUUUUUUAGAUUAAACUAAGUACAAUUCUGACAAUAAGGAGCUACCUGUCUCAUUUUUAAUGAUUUUUUAAAAUGUUUUCUGCUAUAAAAAAGAUUGCUUCUGCCUUCUAACUGGAACAGGUCAAUUUGUUAACUUUGAGGGGUUGUUUUUAACCUUCCUGGUUCCGUCUUUGUAUUUCUUUGUAAAGAGAUGUCUUGGCAUUUUCAGUGUGGCUGCCUUUUGUGUCUUGUAUAUACAGUGUAUAUAUAAAUAAAGCCUUGUUGAGAACGUCCUAAA